AUGACUAAAUCGGUAAUAUUUCAAAGACUCAAAUGGGGUUUUUUACCCGUUCGCAGAAUUGUUGAUGAAGAUGAGUUUGGUAACUUUAUUGAUGUUAUUGAUGGUACAGAUCAAGAGUCUACCAGGAUUGUUGAUGCUACCAGGUCUACAGAAAAUAAAUCUUAUGUUAACGAUAUCGAUGCAAAGUCACAAGAGUCAAAGGUAAUUAUAGAACGAGAAAUUGCAUCAACUCCAGUUUCAUCAAAUGAACCCGAGUUGGAAUUCCGUGACGAAGCACAUCGUCCGUGGUGGAAAUUCUUUGAUGAAUACGAAUAUAGAGUCAACUCGAAUACGAAAUCGGGAAGGAAAUGGUAUAAAUGGUUUCACGACGACGAUACUCCAGCUGAACGCAGAGUGAUUUUGAAAAUUGAUUUAUUAUUAACUUUCUAUUCAUUAAUGGCGUACUGGGUGAAAUAUCUAGACCAAACAAACUUGACCAAUGCAUAUGUGGGUGGAAUGAAGGAAUCUUUGAACAUGGAGCAGAAUGAUUUCGUUAAUACUCAAGUGAUGUUUAGUGUAGGUAACAUCAUUUUCCAAAUCCCAUUCAUAUAUGUCUUGUACGCACUUCCUUUGAACUAUGUGUUACCAACAUUGGAUAUUUGUUGGUCGAUUUUAACUGUUUGUUUGUCACAAGCUACAAAUGUUGCAGGAUUGAAAGCAAUGCGGUUUUUCAUAGGUGCGUUUGAAGCACCUUCGUAUUUUGCUUAUCAUGCAUUAUUUGCCUCUUGGUUCAAAGGAAGCACAGGUGAAAUUUCAAGAAGAGCUGGCUUUUACUAUUUGGGUCAAUAUUUGGGGAUCUUGACCUCGGGAUUAUUAUCGGGAGCAAUUGAAAGGAGGAUGGGUGGAGUAAACGGACAUGAACCUUGGCAAUGGAUUUUUAUAAUUGAUGGUAUAAUCAGUAUUGUUGUUGGAAUAAUUGGUUACUAUAUGAUUCCAGGAACUCCAGAAGAUUGCUAUAGUAUUUUCUUAUCAGAUGAAGAAAUCAGAAUAGCUAGAAGAAGAAUGAAAAGGGAUCAAAAAGAUGCAAAACCAAGAGAAAACGCAUUGGGACAUUUCUUGGAUAAAAGUAUUUGGAAAAAAAUAUUUACAAGUUGGCAAUUUUAUGUAGUUGGAUUAUGGAACAUUUUCUGCUGGAAUAACUCAAAUGGAUCCUCGGGUGCUUAUGCAUUGUGGUUGCAAAGUUUGACAAAUGAAGAUGGCAGUCCUAGAUUUAGUCCCGGAGUGUUACAAGAUUAUACUGCAUUAACACCAGCCUUGGGAUUAAUCUGGUUAUUUUUGACUUGUUCAUUUGCUGAUUUCUUCAAAUGUAGAUGGGGAGCUAUAGUGUUUUCUCAAGUGUUUAAUGUUUUGGGCAAUAUCCUACUAGCUGUGUGGAACCUCCCAGAGAGGGUUAAAUGGUUUGCUUGGUGUUUGCAAUAUUUUGGUUGGGCAAUGGCACCGGUGUUGUAUUCAUGGCAGGGUGAUAUUUGCAGAAAAGAUAUUCGUGUGAGACAAGUGAUUUUGAUUUCAAUGAAUGUUUUGGCCCAACAAUCAACUGCAUGGAUAGCAGUGUUGGUUUGGAAGACCGUGGAGAGUCCUCGAUUUUUAAAAGGUUACUCGUUCACUGCUUCUAGUGGAUUCGCAUUGACUAUUUGGACAUUUGUCGUUUUAUGGUUUUACAAACGGCAGGAAAAACAAGAUGCCAGAGCAAAUGGUAUUGUACUCUAUGACUCAACUAAGGAAGACUUGGAGGAUGUUGUGAAACAUACCAAGGGAACUGGAACUGAAACUGAAACUGAAACUGAAACAAAGAAAAUUUAA